CACCGAUAACCAGAAAACAUGCUACGUUGUUCGGGACUUCCAUUUCUCCCAGGAAACACCUUUCCCGAUAUUGGCCAAACAAAAUUUAACAAAUCGCACCAUUUCGAUCGAUGGAGCAACAUCUGCAUGCUGGCCGAUCGGAAACGUCCCGGAAUCGGUGGAAAGCUUUACUCCCCAACCGACGGACCGGAGUAUUGUUUGCCUUCGCUAUAUCCACCGCGGCAGGGACCCCUUCUGCCUUCUUGGCUGACAUACGAUCGGAAAGUCCUGUGCUUCCAUGGUUUCUUCCAGGAAACGAUGAGCGAAGUCGAUCGCAUUCCGUAUCAGAUUAGGAAGGUAAAAAUCCUCUACUACCUGGAGGAUCACACCAUGCAGGUGAGCGAGCCCCGUACGAUGAAUUCCGGCAUUCCGCAAGGUUGCCUGGUAACGCGGCAACGCAUUCCCCGCCCUGCGCCGUACGAUGGAGAAUUCACCUCGCUACUGGAUCUAAACAUAAACCACACGGUACAGCUGUUUGAUCGCGUGUACACCAUUACCGGAUGCGAUGACUUUACCCGAAAGUUUCUGAAUCGACUGGGUAUAUCGGUUCAGGAAUCCAGGGAGCCCCCCAUCGACCCAAGCACCGAGUUACGCAAGCAACAAGACGCAGCCAAAUUAGCCAAAAGGCCGGCCUACAAGAUCGAUACACUGGGUAAAUUCCUAGAGUACGAUCGCAAGGUGCUACGCUUCCAAGGAUUCUGGGAUGAUCGAUCAAGCCUGUUUGGCGAUGUACACGAGCUGGAAGUGCUUUACCAUCUGAGUGAUGAAACGUUCGAAAUCAAGGAGAAACUUCCGCUGAAUUCAGGACGUGAUUCGAACGGAAUGUUCCUGCGGAGAGGACGAUUACCGAAACAAUUCGAGCGACUACCGAUAAUGGGUGAAAGUACCCCGGUCAUGGUUCUGAACGUUAUCGGAGGAGGGCUGAAAGGAGGCCGCUAUCUAACCGAUUCCGUCGGGAUCGGUAGGGUCAACGAUAACUACUACAAAGAUUCUGAGCUCGCGAUAGGCAAGUCGAUAAAUGUUUACGGGAGAAGCGUUUUGCUAACGGGAUGCGAUCAGUUUACUAGUGAUUAUUAUAGAGUUAAGUACGGCAUUGAAGACUUCACACCCAUACCGGGAUACAGUGUAACUAAGAAUGAAUUUGAGCGUCGCUAUCGCAGGGAACGACUGCUGCCACCCUACAAUGGAUGGGGUUCCCACGAGGAUUCAGAAGGAAAUUGCAUUACAGUUGAACCGAAGCCACCGAAGAUUGACUUCCGCAAGUUUGUUGUCUACGAUCGGUGCAACCUUCGCUUCGGAGCCCGCAUGAUAUCGAACAUUAAGGAAAAUAACGAUCGAUUCUUUGUCAUCACAUACUACUUGAGUGACGAUACGGUUUCCGUAUACGAGCUGAUGAUAAGAAACUCCGGAUUCCAGGGAGGGGAGUUCAUCAAGCGAUCGCGAAUGCUCUUACCGAAGCAAGAUAUAUUUACGCCAUCCAGACCACAGUACUUCACGGCUCAGGACUUCUAUCUCGGAGCGACAACCAUUCUGCAGGACCACAAAUUCAACAUUACCAAUGCCGACAUCUAUGCUCUUUCGUUCAUGGAAGCUCACUGUGAUGAGUUCUCUCUGUCGAACGUAUCGACAAUUAUUCAGAAAAUACGCAACGCUCUGCAACCGAUCUAUAAGGAAUACAUUGCAAAGCACAUGGCCAAGGUGGAGCACAAAAAAAUCGACGAUAAAACGAUAGCUACGGUUACGUACGAAGUGCUCCGGGACAUGCUACUCGAACUUUUGGACGACCAAAUCGUAGAACAGGAGAUCGUUACACUCUGCCGACAAUUUUCAGCGGAAUCCAAAAAGAGUUUCAAUUGCGAUAAGGAACUGGUACGAGCCGCCAUACAUGGGGAACUCACCAGACAACUUUGGAACGAUCUGGAACGGACCAGGGAGCACAUGUACCACUUGGAUCCAUCGAACGACCGAUGGAUGAGCCCGAAGAAUAUCGUGGUAACAGUUAAGGCAUGCAGGAUUCCACUGGAUAAUGCUCUGAUUGAUGCGAUGUUGGAAGUAUUGAAUCGAAACGAACGCGGUGAUAUCGAAGUGGAGGACUUUUUGAACAUACUGAAUUCCAUGCAGACGCCCUGUAAACCACUGCAACCACUCAACAUCAAGCACGACGUUUGCUUCUUUACGCCGUAUCGAGUUACUGGAAACCUUAUUGACUGGGAUAUGCUACUUAGCAGUAUCAAUUUGGAAAGCAGUCUCACUGAUCAAACUUCAUAAUAAUAAUUU